AUGUUCGUCUCUACUAUCGUUCUUGCCCUCGCCGGUGCCGCUAGCAUCCUUGCCGCCCCUGUAGCCGAAGCUGCUCCAGCCUCAGCUGUUCAAGCUCGGGAUAUUCCACCUCUCGGCAGCUGCCCAUCCUGGAAGGGCAUCUAUGGUCGCGCUGGCUCUACUGUGUGCUGCGUAUACAGCGGUGGUCCCACAUCGUGCUGCGUCAAUAACUCGCCGGUUAGUGUGUACUUCCCCGAGGUGAAUUACACGUACCUUUCUUGCCAGUCACCCUGGUUCGUAGAUAUCAACAACUUCGUCCACUUUUCCAGCUGCUAUAUUCCCAGCAACCUGGGCUCCGCCAACUGUGCCGAUGUCCCUAAGAUUUACGGAAACUACACUUCGUAG